AUGACUACGGCAAGAAUAGCCGUUUGUCAAUUAAAUUCUACUGCUGAUAAACUAUUAAAUCUUCAAAUUGGUCAACAAUUGAUUCGCCAGGCCAAAGAAGAACAACAAGCACAAAUAAUAUUUUUUCCAGAAGCAUUCGAUUUUAUCUGUGAAAAUAAAGUGAAAACCGUCGAACAAAGUGAAUCAAUAGAUGGACACAUCAUGCAGACAUAUCGAAAUUUGGCCAAACAAUAUCAGAUUUGGUUAUCAUUAGGUGGGUUUCAUCAAAAGUUUCCAACUGAUACGUCUAAUCGAAUAUCGAACAACCAUUUGUUAAUUAAUUCUGAUGGUCAGAUUGUGUCCCAAUAUGCUAAAAUUCAUUUAUUCGAUGUUCUAGCCGGAGCUGUACAAAUGAAAGAAUCGGAUUAUGUCAAUUAUGGAAUGGAAAUUGUCUCACCUGUACAGACACCAGUGGGAAAAAUUGGACUAGGAAUUUUAAAAGAAGUGAAUAAGUUUAAAAAAAGCCUCAAAGAUUUUCAGCAGAAUGUAUGUGUAUGGUUGUUAGAGGGAUCACUCAAACAUCGUUCACUCGAGUAUCGAUUUGCAGAAUAUGCACGUUUAUUAACCGAAUUAGAUGCACAAAUUUUAACAUAUCCAAGUGCAUUCACAAAACAUACGGGAGAAGCGCAUUGGGAGAUUCUUCUUCGUGCUCGUGCCAUUGAAAAUCAAUGUUUCGUAGUAGCUGCAGCUCAAGUCGGUCAACAUAGUGCAAAACGAGAAUCAUAUGGACAUUCAUUAAUUGUUGAUCCAUGGGGUAAAGUGUUAUUAGACCUUGGAUUAGAUGCACCUGUUGUUAAAACAAUUGAAAUUGAUCUUAGUUUGAUAAAAACAGUACGUGAAAAAAUGCCCAUCUCACAACAACGUCGACGUGAUCUUUACAGUUUAGUUUCAACGUGUAAAGUUCCGAUUCAGAGUGAACCAAUCCAUUGGGGUCAACUGACAAUUACAUCAUCACAAUUAAUUUAUCAAUCAUCACUCAGUUUUGCAACAGUGAAUAAAAAACCCGUUGUACCAGGACAUCUAUUGGUGUCACCAUUUCGUUGUGUUGAUCGUUUUUGUGAUUUAACAGCAGAAGAAAUCUCGGAUUUGUUUACAACAGUUAAACAUGUAGCUAAAAUUAUUGAACAGCAUUAUAAUGCAAAAUCAUUUAGUAUAGCAGUGCAAGAUGGUGAAUUUGCAGGCCAAACAGUUAAGCUGGCUCAUCACGACAAAAAUGUGAAACACUGGCGUACAGAGGAAGAAAUGUUGGCAGAAGCAGUUCAAUUGAGAAAAUUAUUUUAUAGUUCAUCGACCUAA